CAUCGAGGAUUCUCUAUCGUCACACUCACAGGGAGAGCUAGAUUUUUUAUUUUAUCCGAGUGGAGGGUGCAGCAACGGUGACAGACAACGAAGCUCGACCACAAAUAAGAACGGGGAACGCCACGUACGCAAUCCGAAGCGAAGCGGAGAUAUGGGAAAUCCGACGUGGCCCAAUAAUGUAUCCCCUGGAAGCUUUCUCAAGCCAAUGCGAAUCCAUCUUCAGAUUCUUCUGCCUUGUCCAUCCCAUCUUCUACCCCAUUCUCAUUCAUAAACUCUCACGACCCCUUUGUAUCAGCCACUCAAAGGACAUUCAUUCUCUCUGUUCCCUUUCUCAUUCUUUCAAUCCUUCAUUUCGACCGGGAACAAUGGCGGCAAACUCCGCGAUGAGCAGCGGCGGCCUCGCCAUCGCCUUCCCGUCUCUCCUCUCUUCCUCCAGGUCCAAAUUCGCCUCCUCUGUCCCCCUCCCGGCCAUCGCCUCUUCCGGCCGGGUCGUCAUGUCCGCCGAAUGGAUGCCCGGCCAGCCCCGGCCCGCCCACCUCGACGGCUCUGCCCCCGGUGACUUCGGGUUCGACCCGCUAGGCCUGGGUACGGUCCCGGAGAACCUGGAGCGGUUCAAGGAGUCGGAGCUGAUCCACUGCAGGUGGGCCAUGCUCGCCGUCCCAGGGAUUCUGGUGCCGGAGGCGUUGGGCCUGGGGAACUGGGUGCAGGCCCAGUCGUGGGCGGCGGUGCCGGGCGGUCAGGCCAGCUACUUGGGCCAGCCGGUUCCGUGGGGAACCCUGCCGACCAUACUGGUGAUCGAGUUCCUGUCAAUCGCGUUCGUGGAGCACCAGCGGAGCAUGGAGAAGGACCCGGAGAAGAAGAAGUACCCCGGCGGCGCGUUCGACCCGCUCGGCUUCUCCAAGGACCCGAAGAAGUUCGAGGAGUACAAGCUCAAGGAGAUCAAGAACGGCCGGCUGGCGUUGCUGGCGUUCGUCGGGUUCUGCGUGCAGCAGUCGGCGUACCCGGGGACUGGCCCGCUGGAGAACUUGGCGACCCACUUGGCGGAUCCGUGGCACAAGAACAUCGGCGAUGUUCUUAUCCCCUUCAAUUGAAUUGAAUCGAAUCGAAGUGAACCAACGUCCUCCAUCGGAAUUUAGCUAGUGGUUUUUGUCAUCAACGUGCCGCCGCCGUCGGAUAUGUAUAAUUCCCGUCCAUAUCAAUCAACACCGCAUUCCCACCCUGUAAAAUUCACACCUGUUAACAACUUUGUCCGGAGAUUUAAAUAGAGUGAAUGAAUCUCUCUGCCCUUUGGAUAUACAGUACAUGCUGUGUUUUGGGUCAAGGAUCUGCUACUGCAUUUCCUAUAAACAUGAACAUGAACUGAUAAACAUAAAGCUUCAUAAUUUCUGAGAUGGCAAAACAAAACAAGACCUUCAAUCUUCUGAGAGGUGCAUGUUCCAGUUCAUCUGUACAAAAACUUGAUAGCCAUCAACUUACAGAACCCCACAAAGGAAGACAUAAUAAUACUGAGAAUGAACAUGAACAUACAGAUAAAGCUUCAUCAUUUCUGACUCUGAGAUAGCAAAACAAAACAAGACCUUCAAUCUUCUGAGAGGUGCAUGUUCCAAUUCAUCUGUACAAAAACUUAAUUGACAUCCCCAUACAGAACCCCACAAAGGAAGACAUAGUAAUGAGAAUAAGGCAUUCUCCAUUGCUCCCAUUACCAACAAACAACACAAGUUGCAACCCCCUUUGCCUUUUUAGCUGGUGGGCAUUAUAUACAACAUCAUCAUUCACAAACUAGUUUUCUCCACUCUGCAAUUCUUUUUUUUAGCUUUCCAUUUUCUUUUCUCUAAUAUACAGAAUAGAAUGUG